ACCACCGUCACCAUGUCUGGCCAGGAGGCAAAACCUUCAACUGAGGACUUGGGGGAUAAGAAGGAAGGAGAAUAUAUUAAACUCAAAGUCAUCGGACAGGAUGGCAGUGAGAUUCACUUCAAAGUGAAAAUGACAACACAUCUCAAGAAACUCAAAGAAUCAUACUGUCAAAGACAGGGAGUUCCCAUGAAUUCACUCAGGUUUCUUUUUGAAGGUCAGAGAAUUGCUGAUAAUCACACUCCAAAAGAACUGGGAAUGGAGGAAGAAGAUGUGAUUGAAGUUUAUCAGGAACAAACAGGGGGUCGUUCAACAAUUUAGAUAUUUUUAUUUUUUUUCUUUUCCCUUAAUCCUUUUUUAUUUUUAAAAAUAGUUCUUUUGUAAUGUGGUGUUCAAAACAGAAUUGAAAACUGGCACCCCAUCUCUUUAGAGCAUCUGGUAAUUUGAAUUCUAGUGCCCAUUAUUCAUUAUUGUUUGUUUUCAUUGUGCUGAUUUUUGGCGAUCAAACCUC